UGGAAAGGCAGAAAGAUGGAGCUUGGGAGGAAUGGUGUCAUGCGAGAUUUGCUGUUCACCUUUGUCUUUCUUGCAGCUUUGCCCAAAGUUGCCAAUGUAAAAAAAGAAGAGUAUUGUUUGAAACUUUCUGGGACAGAGAGGACUGUUUUAUUCUCUCAUUCUUUGAUUUUAAUAAUAAGCGAAGAAGAGCCUGAAAGUAUUGUGACUGAAGACGAGGAUUUCUCCUCCUAUCCAGGGCCUGUCAUGGAUGAAGAGACUCAGCACAGCCUUGAAUGCAUCCAGGCUAAUCAGAUUUUUCCCAGGAAACAGCUGAUCCGAGAGGAUGAGAACCUUCAGGUCCCGUUCAUUGAACUUCAUGGUGAGAGUACGGAGUAUGUAGGACGAGCAGAAGAUGCCAUCAUUGCACUUUCUAAUUAUAGGCUUCACAUCAAAUUCAAGGAGUCUGUUGUGAAUGUUCCAUUGCAGCUUAUAGAAAGCGUUGAGUGCCGUGAUAUAUUUCAACUUCAUUUGACUUGCAAAGACUGCAAGGUUAUAAGGUGUCAGUUUUCUACUUUUGAGCAGUGUCAAGAUUGGCUUAAGCGACUGAACAAUGCCAUCCGCCCUCCUUCGAAGAUAGAAGACCUUUUCUCGUUUGCCUAUCACGCUUGGUGUAUGGAGGUAUAUGCUAGUGAAAAGGAACAGCACGGGGAUUUGUGUCGGCCAGGAGAACAUGUAACUUCAAGGUUUAAAAAUGAAGUGGAGCGGAUGGGGUUUGAUAUGAACAAUGCCUGGAGGAUUUCCAACAUCAAUGAGAAGUACAAGCUCUGUGGUAGUUACCCGCAGGAAAUCAUAGUUCCCGCCUGGAUCACGGAUAAGGAGCUAGAGAGUGUGGCGAGCUUUCGGUCCUGGAAGCGUAUCCCUGCUGUUGUGUACAGGCACCAGAGCAAUGGAGCAGUUAUUUCCCGCUGUGGACAGCCUGAGGUCAGUUGGUGGGGCUGGAGGAACGCAGAUGAUGAACACCUUGUCCAGUCUGUAGCCAAAGCCUGUGCCUCGGAUUCAAGGUCCAACAGUAACAAAUUAAUGAAUGGAAAUUGUUCCAGAGAUUUCUCCAAUGGAGGGGACCUCUCUGAUGUGGAAUUUGAUUCCUCAAUCUCUAAUGCUUCAGGAGCGGAGAGUUUGGCCAUACAGCCUCAGAAGCUUUUGAUCUUGGACGCGCGAUCUUAUGCAGCAGCUGUGGCGAACAGAGCCAAAGGUGGAGGCUGCGAGUGCCCAGAAUAUUAUCCAAACUGUGAAGUAGUGUUCAUGGGCAUGGCAAACAUUCAUUCUAUCAGGAAGAGCUUUCAGUCACUGCGUUUGCUCUGCACACAAAUGCCAGACCCUGGAAAUUGGUUAUCAGCUCUGGAAAGUACCAAAUGGCUGCAGCACUUGUCUGUGCUUCUGAAAUCUGCGCUACUCGUCGUUCAUGCUGUGGACCGAGACCAGCGACCAGUCUUGGUGCACUGCUCAGAUGGCUGGGACCGAACCCCCCAGAUAGUGGCGCUGGCCAAACUGCUGUUGGAUCCCUAUUACAGGACCACAGAGGGUUUCCAGGUGCUAGUGGAGACGGAGUGGCUGGAUUUCGGCCACAAGUUUGCAGAUCGCUGUGGCCAUGGUGAGAAUUCGGAUGACCUAAAUGAGCGCUGCCCAGUGUUUUUACAGUGGCUGGACUGCGUCCAUCAGCUCCAGAGGCAGUUCCCUUGCUCUUUCGAGUUUAACGAAGCAUUCCUUGUCAAAUUGGUGCAGCACACCUACUCCUGCCUCUUUGGUACAUUCCUGUGCAACAAUGCGAAAGAAAGAGGAGAAAAACACACUCAGGAACGGACCUGUUCUGUCUGGUCUUUGCUGCGGGCAGCAAACAAAGCCUUCAGAAACCUGCUCUACUCCUCUCAGUCAGAAUCUGUGCUGUACCCAGUGUGCCAUGUGCGUAAUUUAAUGCUCUGGAGUGCUGUUUACCUGCCGUGCUCUUCCCCCUCUACGCCCGCUGAUGACACCUGUGCCCCGUACCCUGUUCCUGGCUCUAGCCCUGAAGAUCAGCCUCUGGGCAGGUUACCAAAGACGAGAUCAUUUGACAAUCUGACGACAGCCUGUGAUAGCAGCGUGCCUACAACCAAUCGACGUAGUAGCGACCCCAGCCUGAAUGAAAAGUGGCAAGAGCACCGCCGGUCUCUGGAGCUGAGCAGCCUUGGUAACCCUGGGGAUGAUCCGUUCGAUGGAGACAGCCUGAGCAAACAAGGCAGGGCUCCAGUUGGAGCAGAGCUCUCUGUUGCAGCUGGUGUGGCAGAGGGACAGAUGGAGAACAUUUUGCAAGAGGCCACUAAAGAUGAUGUUGGUCUGGAGGAGCACUUAAGAGGUAGCGUAGAGACAGUAGGUAAAGGGGACGAGAUUGCCCUGGACAAGGAGAAGAGAACUGAAAAUCUACAUGGGUAUGUCAGUGACGUCUGUGGAAAGGCUGAGGCAGAUAAAGGUUUUGUGAUGAACAAUCCACAUCCAGUUUCACAAGGUGCUUCUGAGCUUAAAGGACAACAGGACGAGCAUAGUGAUCUCGGUAGCACCAUCCAGAAGUUACCUCAGGUGAAAGGACUACAGCCUGUUCCUUUGGAGGGCUUUGUAAAUAGAGAUACUCAAAAGAAUAUGGAGGAAGAAGGCGUUGGCAAAUUUGAGGGAGAAGCAGAGAGCCUGUAUAAUGCAGCACAGGCCAGCCUUCUGUUACCUCUUAUGGUCCCGCACGAGGCAAGAACAUGCAACAUCGAAAGCUCUACAGAAACCUUAACCGAGAACGAAGCAAAGCAAGAGCUCAUUCCGAAAGGUCCUUGCCAUAGACCUCACUCAAUCGACAACAGUGCUGAUGAACUUUCUCAAACUGUUGAAAAUAGGCCAGAGGGGGAGAGCAUGCUAGAACUUCAAAAACUGGGAACAAAAGUAUAUAGGACUUCUGGUAGCAGCACCACACACAUCCCAAUGCCUUCCCCUUGUGCCUUGCCUUUAGCUGAAUGUAAAGAUGAGAUUGUGUGUAAUGGAGAGCUGGAGCCUGAGAACAAGGUGACAGAGAAGCCUGCAGGGUUUAGCAUCGCCCAGAAAUACCGUGCGACAAACGGACACUGUGUGAAUGGAGAGGACGGUCGGAUCAAAGCCUCUCUGAGCCGUCAGGUCUCCACGGCUAGCUGUAGUUCUGCACAGUUCCACUUGAGGAACUUGCACCAAAAAUGGAUGUUCAGUCAUCUUGGUAAGCAGCAGGCAGCCAGCAGCCCAGACCAACCUGCCAGAAGUCACCUGGACGAUGAUGGGAUGCCUGUCUACACUGACGUUAUCCAGCAGCGCCUGCGCCAGAUAGAAACCGGCCAGGAAGUGGAGACCUUGAAGAAGCAAGUGCAGGAGUUGAAGAGCCGGUUGGAGAGCCAGUUCCUGAACAGCUCCUUACGUCUCAAUGGUGAUUACGGAGAUGAAGUGACUUCUAUACCCGACUCGGAAAGCAAUCUGGAUCAGAACUGCUUGUCUCGCUGCAGCACAGAGAUUUUCUCUGAAGCCAGCUGGGAACAGGUGGAUAAACAGGACACAGAGGUGACCCGAUGGCUUCCAGACCACCUCGCUGCACACUGCUACGGCUGCGACAGUACGUUCUGGCUUGCCAGCAGGAAGCACCACUGCAGGGACGCUGAACGCGUUGAUGCAAUCUGGUGAGCAUUUACAACAGCCUGUGUCUGUUGUCUGUCUGCGUUUUCUUGGUAACUUCUCCAAACUAACUCAGUCUGUUCCCCCUCUUUGUUUUUUCACUUGCCUAGAAAUCACUAGGAGGAGGUUGUGGGUGGCUAGCACAAGCUGUCGGACGUUUCGAUCCGUAUCAGCAGGCCACUCUUCCCACAGAAAGGUGUUCAGGAUUUGGCUUUCAGUAGCUUAAACUGGGAUGUGGAUGGCACUAACGCUCACCGUCAGUUAAGUCGUGUGUUUGAGUAACAGUGAAUGCUCCCCUUCUAACUGAGAAGAGACUCCUUUGAGUUUAGCCUUACGCAUUUCUUUGUUUAUUUUCCCUUUUUGCCGUAUUUUUUGGGCGAGGUCCAUGUGUUACAAAACAAUUCCAGUAUCGCUGUGUGGUGUGUUGACAAAAACUUGCCGCUUAUUUUAGAAGGACUAAAAAUACCGUGGCAGUAACAGGUAAUGCAAAGCUGCUGGAGGGUUAGGAUCACCAAAAAUGGAUAAACAGCCGUGAUUUAGUAAGAAUAGGAGGUGGUAGUAGCAUGGGUUUAAGUCCUCGUUCCUCAAAGGAGUGAGAUUGCUUUUCCUGUGUUUUUUAAUGUCCCUUGUUAAUCUCUCAAGCAAAGCAGAGGACCACCGGGAUAGAAAGAAUGAGCUGUUCAGAGCUUUCCAAAGCUCGGGGGGGAAGAGUUACAGAGCGCUAUUAUCUAACACAGGAGGCUAAAACAACAAAAAACCCCGAGCAUAUGUUAGAAAGCUGGCGAGCGACAACAACCAGAUACUUGUUGUAAUCCCUCUGGGUCUUUUUUGACCUCAUCUGUCAACAGCCAGCGUCUGCUGGAUGAUCGUUCUCUGAGCGGCAGAGAUGCGGGACGUUGGAACUGCUUUCCUGCAGGCUGUUUCUGCCUGACACCUCACAGCCCUGUUUUUGCUCUUGGUUUUUCUGAUGAUAGUUUUCUAACAGGGUCCUUAAGACGCUGUCAAAACCCCCUGCAGAAAGGCUGCCCAUUGUCAGCGCUAGGGCUGCAGCUUUGAGACCAGGAACCGCUGUGCAGAGCUGAGAAAAUGAGCCCAUGGAAGUGAGAAAUGGGAUUUCUCUGCUGGCUCUUUCCCCAUCAGUGGCCAGCAUCUGGAAAUCUCCUCUCCUGGCAAGGAAGGAUUAAUCAGAGCUGCUGGGUGUAGGCAGAAUUCUCUGUCAGUCUCUUGGCAGCAGCAAAUCUUUUCUAGCACAAAACAAUAAUGGCACAAUAUCCUGAUGCCAAAGAGUUAAUGAAAAGGGUGUCAGGCGUGGCGGUAAACUUGUAAAACUCAGGUCCCUUGGAGCGCUGUUCCGAACUCCUUAGGAGAAGGGAUGAGGCUGGAGGACAGGGCACUGCAGCGCUCACCAGGCUAGCUUGAGCAGCAGCGGGUUUGGUUGGGGGGGGAGACUGCAAGAAGAGAAGGUAACGGUUUUCCAGAUGUACAUUUUAUCCCUGCCUCCUGCGAGGUGCACGCACCAGCACGCCUCCACCGGCUGCCAUCUGACGAGAAUGCGUGUGAGGCUGCCCCCCCUGCUGCCGUGUCACUGCCGCCUCGGCGCAUGAAAUACCUGGCUGCCCGUCUCACGGCUUUGCAUGAUCCUUCUUGACUCAGUUUACUUUAUGCAGAAGCGUGGGGUUGCCGGCAGCGCUGCGAAAGGGACUGCGCUGUUGGGACAAUGGGAGGAUUGCAUCAACCAAAACUGGGUUUUAUUUUUUUUUUUUCCCAUCUGUCCCAUGUUUAAACUUCCCAGCAGUGCGCUUGAAAGGAACAGAAGAAAAUGUCUGUGUGCUGGUACCCAGCAGCACACGCUUUUAGAAGAGCAAAGGAGCAGAGGCUCCUCCCUGCUGCCAGGCCAGCAGUAUCCGAUCUGUCUCUUAACAUAGAGCUGGAUCAGUGGUGCGAGCAGGGGCCGGACACCACGUUCCCCACAUCCCUGUGGAGGAAGGCCCUGUGUCUGCUCCCCCUUAGCCCCUCUCUCAGCCGUGUGCCCCCAGGGUAGUGGGGAGAGUCACGAGUAGCGCCGUGCCCGAGCUCCCCUGCAGGAGGGAGAGAGCUUCCCUGUGUGAUGGAGGGGUAAGUUCCCUCCAGUAUGACAUGAGACGGUGUGGUACGGAAGAGCCAUCGCUGCAGAGAUGUGUCAUCAGCUGCAGCUCCAUGCUGCAAUUUGCUGUGUGCUCUUUUCUGGUGUCCCUUCCCUAAAGCUCUGCUUCGCUUUUGGAAGCGGAGUGUUGUCUUUGCCUGCAUCCUGGUACUUGGGGAGGAGCAACUGCAGCCCCCAGGGCCGACCCCAUCACAACACUGCGAACAUCAUUUUAGACCUUGGGUAACUUUGUCCAACUGCUUCUAAUUGUUUCUUUUGCAUUUCUCCUCUCUUCCUGA